CAAACAAGAAAAAACGUGUGACACAGUUUGGGACCCUCGCCCUCGAGCUCCGAGGAGAGCCGCCGCGCUGCGCCGGUGGAUGCUACGCCGAGCUCCCAGGCUUCUCGCCGCCGUAAACCUCACCUUCCCCGCCACAGCCGACCUCGCCCGCAUUCCCUACCCGGGCCUUCACGUACCAACAGCACUGUUCCACCAUGCGCCCGCUGGGGGCGAGGGUGUCGCCCGCCACCUGCUCGACGGAAUGCCCCACGGAACACGGGCCAGCUCCAUCGUGCGCGCGCUCAGGGACGGCGCGCGCCCGGCCGCAGACACCGUCGCCGCCCUCCACUGCGCGUCCCUCAAGUCCGGCGCGGUGCUGGACCCGCCCGUGCGCACCUCCCUCCUCACGGCCUACGCCAGGAGGAGGGGCGAUGCGUGUGCCGCCCUGGCCCUGUUCGAAGAGGCCGCCCGCCCAGACGUGAUCCUGUGGAACGCCGCGCUCGAUGCUCUGACGCGGAGCUGCCGUCUGGGUGACGCUGUUGUUCUGUUCCGGCGGAUGGUGUGCGUGCUCGGGGCGUUCGAUUCGGCCACCAUGGUCAUCAUGCUGUCGGGGGCGUCGCGUGCCAGAGACAUGGAGCUUGGGACGGCGCUCCAUGCCGCGGCCGUGAAGAGACGCCUCGACACUGACCUGAACCUUCAGAAUGCUCUCGUGGACAUGUACGCGAAGUGUGGGCGUUUCUGCACUUCGGAGGCUGUGUUUUGGAGGAUGCCGUGUUGGGACACCACCUCAUGGAAUUCUAUGAUAGGUGGAAGCACGUUCAAUGGACUUUCUGAAGUUUCAGCUUGUUACUUCAGGGAGAUGAUCCGUUUGGCGGUUCAGGCAGAUGAGGUGACCCUGUCUUCUGUCCUUUCAGCUGCUUCUCACACAGAUGAUCCUUUGUCCUUUGGGGAGUCUGUCCAUGGCUGUGUGGUCAAGCUUGGUUACGAGGACACUGCAUCUUGCUCGGUGGCGAAUUCUCUGAUAACAUUUUAUUCAGAGCUUGGAUUUUCCAACGAUGCGGAGAAUGUCUUUGCAGGCAUUUCAAGUAAAACUUUGGUAUCAUGGAAUGCUAUGAUCAAGGGAUUGGUGGAGAAUGAAAAGGUCAGCGAAGCCCUUUUUGUUUUCCAUGAAAUGAUAUGCAGGUACCAGCCAGAUCAUGCCACUUUAGUGACUGUAAUUUCUGGCUGUGCUGACCAAGGACUACUCCGUGAAGGGAAAGAGAUCCAUGGAUACAUAGUCAGAAAAGGCCUUCUGCAUGAGGAGUCUUCUAUAGGAAAUAGCUUACUUGGCUUAUAUAUGAAAUGCCAUCACUCAUUUACUGCUAAGCUUUUGUUCAGGACAAUGCCAGUAAGAGACCUGAUCUCAUGGAACACAAUGCUUUCUAGUUACUCAAGAGAUGUCACAUUGGGAGUAGAGGCUCAAGCUAUGUUCAAAGAGCUGCUUUCUGAAGGUUUAAAGUGCACUUUGACCACUAUACUUGCUGUUCUAUCUUCAUGCUCUUGUCCAGAAGACCUUAGCUUUGGCAAAGGAGUUCACUCUGUUAUCCUGAAGUAUGGAUUUGUGAGUGCAGUUUCAGUUGUUAAUGCGUUGAUGCACAUGUACAUAUGCUGCGGGGACACACUGGCUGCCUUAGCGCUGCUGGAAAGAAUAAUGUUGGCAUCAGAUAUUAUUUCAUGGAAUACAGCCAUAGUAGGCUGUGUACAGAAUGGACUACAUGGUGACGCCUUGGAAGCCUUUCGGUUCAUGCAUUCAUCUUUGCCACUAAAUCCUGACAGCAUUACACUAGUUAGUGUUUUAUCAGCAUGUGGAACUCUUAAACUGCACUCCCUAGGAAAGUCCAUCCACUGCAUGUCACUGAAGCACUUGCUUGCAUGCAAUUUGAGGGUGAAGAAUGCCCUGUUAACCAUGUAUUUCCGGUUUGCAGAUACUGAAAGUGCCGAGUCAAUCUUCUAUAGUCCCGGAGAUAUAAAUUUGUGCUCCUGGAAUUGUAUGAUUUCUGGCUUUGCACGGAAUAACGAUGGCUGGAGAGCAUUGCAGUUCUAUCAGAAGAUUGAAGACUUCGUGCCUGAUGAAAUGUGUACAGUCAGUAUCAUCUGUGCUUGCACUCAACUAGGGGAUCUUAGAUAUGGAAAGAGCAUACAUGGGCAUGUGGUCAGGUCUGAUCUUCAAAAUAAUGUUUUUGUUUCAGCAUCGCUAGUUGAUAUGUACAGUAAGUGCGGAAGACUCGACGUUGCUGUCAGAGUAUUUGAAUCCUCUGCUGAAAAAUCAAUUGCUUGCUGGAACUCCAUGAUAUCAGCUUUAGGAUUUCAUGGGCAUGGGUUGCGAUCAAUAGAACUAUUCUGCAAGAUGAUUCAGUCUGGGAUGACAGCCACGAGUAGUACUUUUAUUGCUCUUUUGUCAGCUUGCAGUCACUCUGGACUCACUAAUGAAGGAUGGGAGUAUUACUACCUUAUGUCAGAGAAAUUUGGGAUUACUCCAACAGCCGAACACCAUGUAUGCAUCGUAGACAUGCUUGGUCGUGCUGGUCGGCUGCAGGAAGCACAUAAAUUUGUGGAGAGUUUACCAUCCAAGGAAUCACAUGGAGUUUGGGGUGCACUGUUAAGUGCUUGCAAUAACAAGGCUGAACUCAAGAUGGGCGAGUCCAUCGCAAAGCAUUUGCUCUGCCUGGAGCCUGAAAACAGUGGUUAUUAUGUGACAAUUUCUAACCUGUAUGCAAAUCAAGACAUGUGGGAUGGUGCAGUCAAAGUUAGGGACAUUUUGCAAGAUAAAGGAUUGAUGAAGCCCCAUGGUCACAGUAUUGUUGGGUAAAGGGUGGCAAAGGAAUGGUGGAAGCUAUGCUGUCCAAGAAAAAAAUCCACUAAAUCACCAAAGGUGCACAUUCCCUUCACUAUUUUCUGUCAUGCAGACUCGCUCAAGCACAAUGCAGGUGGUCCUGUCAACCAGCCAACGACCAUAAGCCAACUCUACACCAUUCUGCCGACGACCAUACAGCUGCAAUUCUGAAUCUGGCAUUCCGGCACUUGACACGGUUUUCCAGGUUCAUCAGGUGGCUUCUGCUGAAGAUGCUAACCAGAGGUUUGUCUGUACGGCAAAGCACUCGAGAGCCAAGGAAAAGCAAGAUCCAACCGUGUGGAAAUUCUGCAAUGAUGGUACACUGCGUGCCAAAAUUCGCAGUUUAGGCGGGCAUGCUACAGCUAGUUUUGGAUUGAUAAAUGGAGGAGCAGACAAAUUGGGUGGUUAUAAUUGGGUGUUUGGGCGCAGGCAGGCAGACACGGAGCAUGUGGCCGCACUGGAAGCCAGCCUAGAAAAAUACUCUGGACUGGACAACCAUUAAUCACCACCGUUCUCUCUCUACCACUCCAGCCUGCCUGCUUGCCAGGAUCUCUCUCUCUCUCUCUCUCUCUCUCUCUCUCUCUCUCUCUCUCUCUCUCUCUCUGGACAGUCCUUUUCUGGGCAAGAUUUGUUGUCACUGGGCAGUAUUCUCCAGUUAUGUUGUGCACAUGGGCAUGGAGGAAGCUAUUGCUAGCUGGGAGCAAUACACCCGUACACUAAUAGAUGGGCAUUCCCCAUAGUUGUGUGAUUCCUGUGCCAUAUUUGAUGCAGCACAUCUUAUAAAGACAAUUGCUUUCUGGAAAGGCAGCUGCUGGCUCUGUCUACAUGGGAGAAUAUAUAUGUGGCACCUGUGUCUGCAGGUUCUUCUUUUAGUUCCUUUCCACAGUAAGCAAGCUGCCAUCUGGAUCAGUUCUACCCAAAAAAGGGAACAAAGAAUUAGGAGAUUUUUAACUAAUUUAGAAUGAUUUUAGUCACAUCUUUCCAGAGUGAGAAGUUGCAGUGGAUCAUUUUACAAAAAGAGGAGACAGAUAACUUACAAUAUUGUUAGUCUCGGGAGGUGAAGAUUAAUGUACCAGUACCUAUGAUGUGACAUAAAAAUUGCUAUGAAUUUGGAUAAUGUGGCUAGUUUGGGGUGAAUGAUGCUUUUGGAACCUCCUGCGGUGUUUAGUAGUUUAGGUCAUUGCUCUUGUUGAUCCGUCAUGGUGAUUAUGUAGCGAUGAACCUUGCUUUUGCUGCCCUGAGGGGUGUGUUGCUGAACAUGUUACUGUGUAACCG